GUUCACAUCUUUGGUGGAAUCCGUAUAUAUUAAGGAUCGGUAUGGUGUGUUCGAAUUUCAAUUUGAAUGUGACACGAUGACCAACACAACGUGUGGUAAAGUGAUCCGGGCAUAUGCGAAACUGAAUAAUUUUUCCACCCUUCCCUGGAAGGAUCUAGGGUUUAGGGUUUUAUUGUACUGCUUGCCAGGUAUUCUUGCGGGAGGGAGGGUUCUUCAAACUCGUGAAGAUUUCCUCUGCUGAUCAGGUCAGUAACUGAACAUUCUUUGCCAAUUUUUCUGCAAUGCAUAAUAUAAUCGGCAAUGCGUUACACAAAGUGAGAUCUGCUAUCAGGAAUUCACCAACCCACCAUUUCUACUUCGAUCAAUUCCGCCCCUUUUCAUCAUCUCUCGCAUCCACUGAUCAAACACCAAACCGACACUCGUUCACUGUGAAUUACCUCAUAAACUCAUGUGGGUUUCCUCUUGAAAAGGCCAUAACAGCAUCAAAGCUCCUCAAUUUCGAAACCCCAGAAAAACCCGACUCUGUUAUCGCAUUCUUCCGCAACCAUGGCUUCACCAAUACCCAAGCUUCAAAUAUCAUCAGAAAUGCCCCCCAAGUCAUUGUGUACAAUCCAGAGAAAACCCUUUUGCCCAAACUCGAAUUUUUCAAAUCUAAAGGCUUUUCAAGCGCAGAUGUUGUCAAAAUACUGUCAAAGACGCCAGACCUUCUUAGAAAAAGCUUAGAAAACCAAAUCAUUCCAGUUUUUUAUUUUCUUAAGGAUUUGAUUGGAUCUGAGGAGAGAACGUUAUCUGCUAUUAAACGCUUUGCUGGUCGGCCGCUUUUGGUUGAUCUCGAGUCUCGUAUGGCACCCAAUGUUGACAUUCUCCGGGAGGUCGGCGUGCCAGAUGUGAAAGUCGCAUUCUUGCUGACGCGCCAACCGAGAACAUUCAUGACGAGGUGUGACAGAUUUAGACAGAUUGUGGAGGAGGUAAAGGGAAUGGAUUUUAACCCACUGCGAUUUAACUUUGUUGUAGCAGUUCACGCAAUGAACUCAUUGAGUAAACUUGCUUGGGAGAAGAAGUUUGAGGUUUAUAAGAAGUGGGGUUUGUCCGAAAAUGAGAUUCUUGUGGCUUUUGGGAAGUAUCCAUGGUUUAUGACGAAGUCUGAGGACAAGAUCACGAGAGUGAUGGACUUUUUGGUCAAUAAAAUGGGUUUGGAUUAUUUGUUAGUUGUUAAAUAUCCACUAUUCCUAUCAUUGAGUUUCGAGAAGAGGAUUGUACCUAGGUGUGUGGUUUAUCGAGCGUUGCAAGCAAAAGGUCUGAUUAAGAAACCAAAUAUUAGCAUUAAGAUGCUGAAGUCUACUGAAAUGUGGUUCGUACAGAAGGUUGUCAAUUUGGCUAAGGAAGAAGCUCCUGAGCUAUUGAAGUUGUAUGAGGAAAAGUUGGCACUUGCAAGAUAAUUAGGAUGUGGGCAUGACAUGAGAAUGGACUGGUUAAUACAUUAACUGGACAUGCAAUUGUCCUGUUAUUUUCUUCCUUAUAUUUAACUUGUGUAUGUUGAAUUCUCUCCUUUUGCAUACAAUUAGGCAAGUGAAAUUGAUGUCGUAGAAAAUGGUGAUUAUGGUGAAUUGGACAUGCAAUUCUUCCUGAAGUUUAUGUUGCGGAAUAUGGUGAAUUAUGUGAUCCAACUUGUGUUGGAUAAUUUUGUUUCAUACUAUUUCUUAAUGCAUGCUAAAUCGGUUGUUUUUUC